UUGGCAGCCUUCCAUAAUGAAACGUAGCUACGAGAACGCCCUCAGACUCCUAGACUCGCGAAGAAGAAAGGCUCGACCGAAAGUUCCCGCUCUAUUGGAUGCUCCGACUCCUAGUAUUAAUCAAAAUGUAAGAGGCGUGCCGAGUUUGGUCGGCAUGAGGGAAUGGCUACAAGCCUUAGGACACUCGGACUCUGAUGUGAAUAACUUGAACAUUGUCCAUGUCGCCGGCACCAAAGGGAAAGGAAGCACAUGCGCUUUCACCCGCUCUUUUCUCCGCGAGCAUGGACUCAGGACGGGGUUUCCGAAGAAAAUCGGAUUAUAUACCUCGCCUGAUCUGCAGUGCAUCCGAGAAAGGAUCCAGAUUGACGGUAGUCCCAUCACGGAGGAGCUGUUUACACGAUACUUCUACGAAGUAUGGGAGCGUCUGUUGCAGACCGAACCAGGGAAAGCCGCCGAGAACACGAGACAGCCGCGGUAUUUGCAGUUCCUUGCCUUGUUGGCGUUCCAUACGUUUAUUCGGGAAAAUGUCGAGGCGGCAGUAUUCGAAACGCAUCACGGUGGAGAGUAUGACGUGACGAACGUGAUUCAGAAGCCUGUGGUGACUGCGAUUACAUCCCUUGGAAUGGACCAUAUUGACCAACUUGGACCCACGAUUGAGAACAUCGCCUGGCAUAAAGCUGGAAUAUUCAAGCCCGGGUCACCUGCUUUCUCAGUUCUCCAGGAUGAUGGUUGUGCUGAAGUGAUAUCAAGUCGUGCUGCUGAGAAGAAGACCAGCUUAAGCUUUGUCCCGGUUGAUGAUUCGCUGCCCGCUGACGAAAAAGCAUUGAGUGCCCCAGUACAACGACUAAACUGUUCUCUGGCUUUGCAGUUAGCUAGGACCUUUUUGCAGCUGAAAGCACCUGGUCACACAUUGGACACUAGUGACAUAUCAAGGGGUAUAAAGAAUUUCUCUUGGAUCGGGCGAUUCGAAAUCAUAGAUCACGGGAAAACCCAAUGGUUUUUGGAUGGUGCGCAUAACCCUUUGAGUCUGGAACAAGCUGCAGCAUGGUUUUCGAACUGCCUGGGUGUAUCAAGGACGGAAAAACCUAUUGUCCUUAUCUUCAGUCAUUUCUCAGAGAAUCGAGACGGAGUCACCCUUAUGGAAUGUCUGGCACGCGCUUUAUUUGCAAACAAUGCGAAGCCAGCGUAUGUCAUAUUCACGACAUAUCAAGAAAGACAGGAUGGUACCACAAGAAUAGAUAAAACGCUCAAGACCCCCGAGACACCAUAUCCAGACCUUUGUGCAAUCUAUACUUCUCUGUGGAAGGAAAUGGACGCCGAGGCUACUGUUUCCGUCGAGCCAAGCAUUGAAGGCGCCAUCAAAGCUGCUGAAAGGGUAGGCUCUGAAAAGGGCGGCGCACAAGUCUUUGUGACUGGAAGCUUGCAUCUCGUUGGCGGUGCUCUCAAUAUUUUGCGGCCGCAAGUCUAGGGAAAGAGAUACCAUCUAGGAUUGUGAAUCCGGGACUAUUAUACUAGACGGCCAAGCUAUACCUGUUAAAUGGCUCUAUGUUAGCUCGACUCUCGCAUCGGUG